CGUUCACUCUGUCCCGGAAGUUCAUCCUUCUGUUUACAUUUUGCUCUUUGGUUCAGCUGGAAAUCUUCUUAAAAAAUGUCAAAAAAGCGGCUAGUGAGCAACAGCCUGAAGGUCUCCAUAGAGCAGCAGCUGGCGGCAUUAGCCUCCGGGAUCUUGGGGCUGCUGGAGGAGCGCCGCCAGGCGGAGGUGGAGGAGCUGCGGGGGCUGCUGAUGGAGCGGGUCGCAGCGGCCGUGGAGCUGAUCCUCUCCGCCUUUGAAGUGAACAGAGCGGCCGAGAGAGGGAGAGGAGGCCGUGGAGAGGAGCGACAAGAAUUGCAUCUCUCUGUUGGAGUUAGGGGUCAAUCUUUUGGCAUCUCAGGGGAGGAGAAGCUGCCAGGUUCCACUUCUAGUCUGCAGAUUGCCUCCAAGAUUGACCAGCAAGCAACUUCUCCAGACAAUGACACAGCAGAGGAGGAGGGGGGCGAUGCCAUCGCAGUGGAUGAAACAUCUCACAGCUGCAGGGUCUGCAGUAAAUCCUUCGACACAAAAGGCUUUUUGAUCAAACAUGUGGAGAAACACACAAAGGAAGACGAGCGUCGAUGCGGCGUGUGCGCGGAAACCUUGGAGUCCAGUGACGAGCUAAAGCAGCAUCUUCAAACUCACCGCACCACCUGCAAGGUCUGUGACAUCUGUGAUAAGAAGUUCCCGACAAUCAGAGCAAAGGAGACGCACAUUAGGCAGCACACUGGUGAGAAAUCAUAUACCUGUCACCUCUGUGACAAAGGCUUCAGUCAGAAGGAAAUCAUGGUGACUCACCUGCAAAGUCAUAUGGAAGAAAAGUCCUCUGAAGAUCCAGUUCACAAGGUUCCAUUAGAGCAAGACACGAUGGCCAGCAGUGAACAGAUGGCAUUCAGCUGCAAAGACUGUGGAAGAGGCUUCCUAACAAGGUCGGAGCUGAGGCGGCAUGCUCAAAACCACAACCAGCGAACCGAGAGGAGCAAACGCAGAAAACCAAGUCUGACUCCUACACACUGCUGCAAAGUCUGUGGAAAUGCAUUUCACAACAAAGGGAACCUACUGCGGCACACUGAGACACAUCUGAACCACCCAGACUUCCUUUGUGGCGCCUGUGGAGAGCGGGCCGAGUCCUCAGAGAGCCUGCAGCUCCACAUCCAGGAUCACAGAGAAAUAAAGAAGGUCUGCGAGAUUUGUGGAGACAACUUUAGGGACAUGGAGAUCCACAUGAGGACACACACUGGUCAAAAGCCAUUCAGGUGCAAAGACUGCUGCAAGGAUUUCCCAAGGAAAAGCUCUUUGGAGCGACACCUAAAGCUGCACGCGGGCGAGAGGCCGUACAUCUGCGAGUUCUGUGGGAAGACUUUUAUUGAAAACACCGUCCUUAAGAGACACAUCAAGAGCCACACGGGGGGGAAGCCCAGAAUUUAUCCCUGUGAAAUCUGCGGCAAGAAGUUCACCAUGAGCCAACAUUUGGACGUUCACAAGAGGAUCCACACAGGGGAGAAGCCUUUCCCCUGUAAGGUCUGUGGCAAGACGUUCAGGCAGAUCGGCAACCUGGACUCCCACAUGAGGAUCCACACGGGCGAGAAGCCGUUCAUAUGCAGCCUGUGCGGAAAAACCUUUCGCCAGAAGAUCUCGCUGGAGACACACGAGCGGUUCCACAAGAAGGAAAAGGCGUUUGACUGCCAGGUCUGCGAAAAGGGCUUUGUGCAGAAGAUCGACCUGAAGAGGCACAUGCUGACACACACCGGUGAGAAACCCUUUAGGUGCCAGGUGUGUGGAAAGGGCUACCAGGAAAAACGCUCACUGGAGUCCCACAAGAAGGUCCACGCAGGAGAACGAGCCGCCAAGAACCCAGCUGUGACAGAACCAAAGCAGCAGCCAGAGGAGGAGGUCCAACCCCAGUUGCUUCUGCUGACCGACUCGCACAACAAGUACCGGACUCGUGCUCUACGUCUCAACUACAACAACAUCAAGGACCUGAGUGACCUUGAAUUCACGCUGAACCACUUCCUGGUAGAGCCAUCCAUGCUGGGCUGGCUCGACUUGUCCUUCAACAAAAUGACCGGAAUCGAUGAUGUUUUAUGUCAGUUGAAUGAACUGCGUAUUUUGUAUCUUCAUGGCAACAACAUCCGUUACCUGAAUGAAGUGAACAAGCUGAGCAAGCUGACUCAUCUGCACAAUCUGACACUGCAUGGCAAUGCUAUUGAUAAACACAAGGGCUACAGGAUUGUGUUUACAUGUUCCGAGGUUCUCUGUGGUUUCUGCGGCUCCGAGAACUCAGACUGCGGCGCAAUGAGCUCCUUCCAGCUGCUGCGGAUGUCGGUACACGAGCGAAUCAGCGCCGCCGCUGAAGACGUCCUGCAGCAGCUAGAACACGGGAAGGAAGCUGCUAAACUCCGGACACAGAGAGCCCUGUUAACCGCCCGGCUAACAGCUGCGGCGGAGGAAAUCUUCGUUCUGUUUAAGGAAACUUUGGCCGAAUACGAGCAGAGACUGCGGCGGUCUGAGGAGGAGAUCUGCCGCCAGAGGAAGCAGCUGGACAUUCUGCUGAAACCUGAAGUCAGACUGAACAGAUCUGAGCAAUCACAGCUUUUUAAAGGCGCUGCGACACCUGCAGCCUGCGGUUACCUAUCCAGUUCCGGUCAACUUCACAAUAAAAGCCCGUCAGAUCAAAGUGAAGAAGAGGAGACUGAAAACAGAGACCUUCUAAAAAUCGUGACCUUAGAUGACUCAGACCUUCCACCUCAGUUCAACCCACCAAACCUAAGUCGUUUUGAGUCCGAUCAUAACAUCAGCGACGCUUCCUGCCCGUCAUCACCACGCUCUUCUUCCCCAUCCUACCACGAGCCAGCCUCUGAGACCACCGAUGAGGACGACGACUGGAUGGACAGUCUGCCUCUCCGAUCCGAAGGCAGAAGAAAAAGAGGAAGGCCCUUUGGGUCAGGUGGGAAAAAGAAGAGAGGUCAGCAUUUCGGAUCUGUUGGGAGACAAGAAAGAAGUCAGCCUGUAGGAGCUGUUGAGAAAAAGAAGCGAGGUCGGCCUCUUGGAUCUCUUGGGAAAAAAAAGAGAGAGCUUUUGGGUCUUGAACCUGUAGGGGAAGUGAAGAAACGAAAGAGGGCACCUCCUACAGAGAGUUUCAGCUGUUACGUCUGCGGGCGUCUUUGUCCUGGAAAAGGCUUCCUGCUGCAGCACGCUCUCAGGGUGUGUAGCAGCAACCCGGAGUGCCGCUGCGGCUUCUGUGGAGAGCUUUCAGAUACUGCUGACAGUCUGAUGGCUCACCUGCAGGCUCACCAGCAGAACACCAAAACAUGCUCCAUCUGUGGGAAAACAUUCACCUCCAUCAGGGCGCAGGAGCUGCACUUCCGCAUCCACACUGGAGAAAAGCCACACGCAUGCCCCAAAUGUGACAAAAUGUUUAGACAGAAGACUAACCUGGUGUCUCACAUGCUGGUCCACGCUGCAGAAAAGCCUUUCAAAUGUAAGAAGUGCCCCCGGGCCUUCUGCCACUUGACAUCCUUGGAGCGCCACAUGGAGGAGCACAAUGAAGAGCUGAUCAUCUCCUGCAGCCUUUGCAAUCAGGCGUUUAGCAAGCGGAAAGAUCUGCGUAAACACAUGGCGACCACUCAUGGGGACAUUAUUCCUAAAACCAAUAAAGGUCGCACUUCAGUGGUGUCCAACUGCAAAGUGUGUGGGGAGGCUUUUGACCGGAAGAUUCUGUUAGUCAGACACGCAGGGACUCAUGGGCAGGACCCCAACUGCUGCUGCGGGGUUUGUGGAAGCCAGUUUGACUCUAUCGACAGCCUCAACACUCACCUGCGCUUCCAUCGAGUCGCUGCCAGAACCUGUGAAACCUGCGGGAAAUCCUUCCCAGGUCGAUCAGCGCUGUUGAUGCACUUAAGAAUCCACACGGGAGAGAAACCCUUCACCUGCAGCUUCUGCGAAAAGGCCUUCAACCAGAUUGGCAACUUAAAAAUGCACAUGAGGAUCCACACAGGCGAGCGGGCCUUUUCAUGCAGCAUCUGCGGGAAGGGCUUCACCCAGAAAAACAGCCUGGACACCCACAUCCGCUUCCACAACAAGGAGAGGCGUUUCCUGUGCCAGGUGUGCGGGAAAGGCUUCAUGCAGGAUGUGGACCUGAAGAGACACAUCCUUAUCCACACGGGAGAGAGGCCGUACGUAUGCAGGAUCUGCGGGAAGAGCUUCCAGGCCAGGCGGUCGCUCAACGGUCACAUCAAAGUGCAUGAAGCCAGCGGUAAUGUGGACUACGCAGAGGAAGAGAGGGUGGAGAGUUAUUUUCCUGAGAACUUCCAGCUUUAGACCAGGACCUAACCCUUUUCUGCAUUUAGGGAUGUUCUUUCCAAACUGUUUCUAGAACUGCUGAAAAAAUUGUUGGAUUAGGAAAAGACCUGCUCUGCUUUUUGUUCAGAUGCAGAUGGUCUAUAAGGAUACAGCAGUCAGGUUUCUCCUUGGAUCCAUAGUUCUGUUUUUCUUUGUUUUCUGGUCUGCUGAUCUGAACGCUUCACUGAUUAGUUUAGUUUUUCUAAGUGCAAACUUAAAAAAUGGAAAAAAUGUCAGUUCCAUAAUAGGGUGAGAAGUUUUUGGCUCUGAAAAUGAAGGAAUUACCAGAUCAUCAACGGUUGUGCAUCAAAGAGUCUUUACCUGUAUCACUCAGAGCCGAUCUGGGGAACUCUGCCAACUGAUCUGUACACCUCUAGAAUCAAGCAGAAAGGCUUUCCUUAAAAAUGACUAAAGAUAAGGCAUCCUGAUGAUUAAAAUCCAUCUUUUUUGUGGUGAUUAAUGUUAAAUAGAGAUUUGCUGAAUCCUGAAUAAACGCCACCUGAAAUACCAAGGUAUCUUAGAUAUUUACAUAUACAUAUUUAGAGUUCUCAUCAUAGUAAUUCCACCUAAAUUCCCCAUAGAGUUUGUGAUAAUAAUAAAUAAACCUCCAUUUGACCUGAGAUGUAGACCAUGCACCCACUCAGACAGUUGGUUCAAAGUAAUUUUAAUAAUCUGCUCACAGUAAGGAAACGUUUAACAGUGUGGACAUGUGCAUGUCAUAAAAUCUCGGCCUCAAUGCCUUUAAAUCAUAAACUAAAUAUGUCUGCAUUCAUACAAAAGCAGAAGCAAGAGCCAACUGCAAUGAAAAUAAAACAAAAGUAGUAUUUACCUCCCUGCAUAUCAGCUGAAGUGCGAUUAACAAUAGUAUAGAAUGUGUUCAAUCAUACUCGUACACGUCAAUUAUGGUCUGCUAAGAUCUAUUACUGGUUUGUCUCUGUGAUGGUAUCAGUUUAAAAAUUUUGCUCUAUCUCCUGGAUGUUUUUGUUUUUACACUACAGACAUUUUCUCUCCUUUGGAUUGUUUUUAUUUCUGGGAGAGUCUCCACACUUCACUACACCUAUGUUUACAACGAAUCCAGU